AUGUCUACCUUUGGCUACAGAAGAGAGCUCAGUAAAUAUGAAGAUAUUGAUGAAGAUGAGCUCCUCGCUUCUCUCACUGAAGAGGAGCUGAAGGAGCUGGAGCGGGAGCUGGAGGACAUUGAGCCCGACCGUAACCUCCCAGUGGGACAGCGUCAGAAGAGCCUGACGGAGAAAACACCAACAGGGACUUUCAGCAGGGAAGCGUUGAUGGCCUAUUGGGAGAGGGAGACCAGGAAACUCUUAGAAAAAGAAAGAUUGGGUGCGUGUGACAAGCAAGAAGAAGACAACUCAGAAGACAUUCAAGAAGAGUAUUUCACAGAAAGCAAUAGUGAAGUGUCUGAGGAGGCUUGUACUGAAGAGGACGAUGAAGAAAAAGAAGAUGAUGAGGAGGAAGAUGAAGAUGAGAGUGAUGACGAGGAUGAGGAAGAGCAAAAUGCUGCAGCUGGUGAAAGAUCUGAGGAUGGCAGGAGUCCUGACCACAUCAGACGCAAAAAGUGUAACGGCGCAAAGGACAGUGAAAACUUACUCAAUGGCCACGAUGGAAAAGACACUGAUAAUCUGAGCUUAAAAAGCAGUGCCAUCCACCCUUGCGGAAAUCCAACAGUUAUUGAGGAUGCCUUGGAAAAAGUUAGGAGCAAUGACCCUGACACCACAGAGGUCAACCUGAACAACAUUGAGAACAUCACUUCCCAGAUGCUCAUACAUUUUUCCCAAGCCCUGAGGGACAACACAGUGGUGAAGUCGUUCAGCUUGGCCAACACGCACGCUGACGACAGCGUUGCAAUAGCCAUUGCCGGGAUGCUGAAGGUAAAUCAGCACAUCACUAGUCUGAAUAUUGAGUCAAAUUUUAUCACGGGCAAAGGAGUGCUGGCCAUCAUGAGAGCUUUGCAGAAUAACUCGGUUCUAACAGAGCUGCGGUUCCAUAAUCAAAGGCACAUCAUGGGCAGCCAGGUGGAAAUGGACAUAGUUAAACUGUUGAAAGAGAACACCACUCUGGUCAAGCUUGGAUACCACUUUGACCUUGCUGGCCCAAGAAUGAGCAUGACAAGUAUCCUGACAAGAAAUAUGGAUAAACAAAGGCAAAAGCGUAUGCAGGAGCAGCGGCAGCAAGAGUCCGGGUGUGACGGAGCCGUCAAUCUAAAGACCAAAGUCUUGCAGAAGGGGACACCUCGAUCCUCACCUUAUGUGUCCCCUAAGAGUUCACCUUGGUCCUCUCCAAAACUCCCUAAGAAAGCAGCAGCAGUGAAGAGUCAGCCUUCAGUUCCUGCACCCCCACCUCCUCCUCCACCGCCGCCUCCUCCUCCUCCUCCUCCUCCUCCAGUUAUUCCAGAGAAGAAGGCACCAACCAGGAAUAUAGCUGAAGUCAUCAAACAGCAAGAAAGCUCAAAAAAAACCUUACAGAAUGGACAGAAAAAGAAAAAAGGCAAAAAAAGCAAAAAACAUGAGAACAGCAUAUUGAAAGAAAUUAAAGAUUCUCUAAAAUCAGUGUCGGACAGAAAAUCAGAGGAAGGUUCACGACCCUCCACCCGUCCCUCCACCCCACAAAGAUCUCUCCAUGACAACCUUAUGGAAGCAAUCCGGGCAAGCAGCAUAAAGCAAUUAAGGCGGGUGGAGGUACCAGAAGCCCUUCGGUGA